AGGGCGGGCCUCUGAUCAUUGUGACACACCUUUGUUAUUCCUCAGGUGUAAAAAGUCAUACUUUAUACCUUACUAUACACACAACAUAUACAGUUAUACAUUUUUAUACAAUGCAGUGUCUAUAAUAAAGUACUAACCUAAAUAUAAACAGUAGUUUAUGAUGACAAGUAGUUUGAUUCAAUUCAAAACAGCUUUAUUUGUCCCCGGAGGAAAAAUCUAGGUUUGAAAACCUUUUAAUGAAUAAAUGUAUAGAUGAUUAAAGAGUAAAAACAAAAUAAAACACUCUGUAUAACACAAACUGAGAACUGUACUACAUACAUACACUCAUACACACAUACAUACAUGCAUACAUACACACACACACACACACAUAUAUUUAAAACAACAAGCAGUUUGAAGAAAUUUAACGAAUAACAUUUUUUAUAGAGGAUUAAAGACAACAAAACAUUCUAAAAUGAAAGAUAUAUCACAAAGUGAGUACUAUAUACAUACAUAUAGACACAUACAUGCAUAAUACAUACAUACCUACGUGCAUAUUACUCAUUAUGAAAUAACGUAGGUGCAUAUACAUAUAGAUAUAUGGAUCAUAUGUCCGUGGCUCUUUCUAUGUGAAAUCUAAACAAGUUUUUAAAAAGGUUACUUGCUUACUUUCCACUGCUAACCAUAAUAUGUAUUGUAACUCACAGCGGGAACAACUUUUCCUGGUUAUCCAACUUUUUAUUUGAAAAUUGUAUUUGAUGUAUAACUUAUUGGUCCCAUCUAAUACACGGAGGAGGCUAUGUCUUUGAUCUUUGGCAAAGAUCAUAGACAUUACAGCUUUGAUCAUAAAAACCUCCGCUACAGUGGGUGGCGGUGUGGAGCGUUCACCUCGGGUUUCACUAACCGAGAAGAAGAAUAAAAGGAGCUGUCACUUCCGCAAACACAGUCACUGCAGCAACAUGGAGACCGCACAUGAAGUCAGUCAGGAGAAUAAGUUCGCUACUGACAGCGAUGGAGCAAAGAUUCAAGAGCGGAUUGAGAAGCGGAACCAGGAGAGAAUAGAUGGUGUGGAGCGGAGGAAGGAAGAGAAGGAGACUCGGUCCGUGCCGGAGGAGAAGACCGAGUACUUCGCCAGAACCUUCCAGACGGAGCUGGCGUGUAUCGAGGAGCUGCUGUCCCGCUGCUCCGGAGAGGACCGGGCCGAGGUGAUCCGGAGGCUGGAGGAGACCACGACCAAAACCGCGCAGCUCCAGAAGUUUGUGAACGACAGCGUGAUGUUCCUGACGCAGUACGAGCUGAGGAGGUCGCAGGCUGCUCUCCAGAAGCUGCAGAGCUCCAUCUCUGAGGCCAGAGACAAGGCGAUGCCCAAGAAGAAGUUUGCCUUUCGAGCUCGCACCCAAGACACAGCUCCCCCUGGUGCUGCCACACCUGCACAGUCUGGAGAGGUGAAUGGAGGAGGUGGUGCAUCUGAGAAGUCUCCACCUGGGGCUGCCACACCUGCACAGUCUGGAGAGGCCCCUGACCAGUGUGGCUUCUCCAACAAGGACGGUGAGCUUCUGACCAAAACUGCCGAGGAGAUCCAACAAGGAGACGUGCUGCUGACCCACCUGUCCAACUGCAAGGUGCGUCUGUUCGGUUCCCCCAGCACGCUGCACCUCAAGCACAUCGACAGCUGCGAGAUCCUGUGCGGGCCCGUGUCCACCUCCGUGUUCGUGGAUCACUGCAAGAACAGCACCCUGGCCUUCCCCUGUCAGCAGCUGCGGACCCACAACACCACAGAGACCCAGGUGUACCUGCACGUCACCUGCCGAGCCAUCAUAGAGGACUGUCACGGGGUGAGCCUCGCCCCGUUCUCCUGGUCUUAUCCCACCAUGGACGCCGACUACAAAGUGUCCGGCCUGGACCGGGACAAAAACAACUGGAGCCAGGUGGAUGACUUCAACUGGCUGGCAUUAAGAACACCUUCACCCAACUGGAGUGUCAUCCCGGAGGCAGACAGGAAAACCAGCUGGGACGACUAGUGUUUCACUUUUGACUUUCACAAUUAACACAUCCACAAAACCACCAAACAAAAUAUGUUGAAGUUACCUCAUGAAUGUUAGCUCAUUUUAUUUAACUGCAUCAGCUGCUCUCGGUUUUAGGAAAACAUGUAACUCAUAUAGACCACACUCUCAUUCUAAUAGGAAGAACCUGAAUAAUAAAAAAAACUGAAAAAAACUAGAAUG